AUGGCGCAUGAGGCCGGGAUUGUGUGUGCCCGCAACGGAGUGGGGGCGCACCUCGCGGCCGUGAUGGCCAAACGAUCUGCUGCGUGGUUGGCGGCACGGGAGGCACUGCAGGAGGACGGGGAUGCAGUCCGCCCCACAAUGGAGCACGGCGUCCAGCCGAAGACCCUGGAUAUGUUAUCAGCCAACCAGACAAAGUGCAUUACAUUUCUGCUUUUGGGAUUUCAGAACCCCCUGUUUGUUAAUCGGAUGCUCUUUGUUCUGUUCCUUGUGAUCUACAUCUUGACGUUAGUCGGAAACCUGCUGAUUAUUAUAUUGGUGGCAAAGUUUCCGAGUCUGAAAUCCCCCAUGUAUUUCUUCCUCACGCAGUUAUCAUUGUGUGAUAUUCUGCUCACCACAAACAUUGCCCCCAAUAUGCUCCAUGUGAUAAUUGAUAGAGGAAGUAUCAUUUCUUUUUCUGGAUGCAUCACGCAACUAUACUUUCAUGGAACUUCUACCGCUGCUGAAUGUUAUCUCCUAACAGUGAUGUCCUACGACCGUUUUUUAGCCAUCUGCCGGCCUCUCCAUUACACCUCUAUUAUGAAUCUCAGGCUUCAAUUACAUUUCAUUAUUUUGUGUUGGACUUCAGCAUUUCUUGUAUCGUUUCCUGUUAUGUUACUAACAGCCAACUUGCAAUUCUGCGGACCCUAUGUUAUAGACCAUUAUUUUUGUGAUUUUGAACCACUGCUGGAGUUGUCUUGUUCAGAUAAUACUAUUCUUGAACUUGUACAAAAUGCUAUAGGAAUACCUUCUGGACUUUUCCCUUUUUUCUUUAUCCUUUUCACAUACAUCUAUAUAUUUAUAACUAUUUUUGGAAUUUCCAGCACCACUGGGAGGCAGAAGGCCUUCCUCACCUGCAGCUCACAUUUGACUGUGGUGAGCACGUUCUAUGGGACUAUAAUAGCCAUUUACCUGUUUCCCUCUAAAGGACAAUCAUCUACCGUUAAUAAACUUAUCUCGCUCCUACUUUCAAUGGGAACGCCAUUUCUCAACCCAAUCAUAUACAGUCUUAGAAAUCAGGAGAUUAAGAAAACUCUGAUUGAAUGUAUUUCAAAAAGCCUGGAGGCAAAAAAAACCAUCAUGUAA